AUGCUGAUGUUAAAGGCUAUUUUGGUUUUGAUGGUAAUGGCUUGCCUGGUUAAACUAAGUAGCGAAACUCUUUCAUCAAAUUUUACAGAUAUUUCACCUAUCUCUUAUAAUGUUGAAGAUUUUGAUGAUGUUGUAGAACUUCAGAAACGAGGCGGUACUAGGAGGCGCAAUCAAGUUAGGAAUCGCAAGCGUGCCAAGAAUAGCUGGCGUUCCUGGAAUCGCAGGAGUUCUAGUAGUAGCAGUAGUUCUAGUAGUAGCAGUAGUUCUAAGAGUUCCAAUAGUGAUAAAAGUACAAGUUCUCAAAAGGGCGGUGGUGGUACUCAAGGCGGUGGAAAGUUCGAAACAAAUACACCUUGUUAUGUUACCGAUAUAAUUUAUACAGGAUAUUUGGUAGAUACCCAAUGAAGACAAGAACGAUCGAUGUAUAUCCGAACAUAGAAUAUUUAUGGUUCAAUAAACGCAUUUAUGAAAU